CUUUGAGUCUCGCUGCUCGCCUCCGACAGAAAUCAUCGAUCACUGAGAAUUGGUGGAAAAAAACGGCGGAAAAUCGGCGUUUAUAAGUGAAAUUGGUUUCGUCGGCGUCGACUAGGUUUGGAUACGUGUGUUUUUCUGUCGGUAAAAUGGGGAACUGCCACACCGUUGGACCAAACGAGGCCCUGGUGGUUUCAGGUGGCUGCUGUGGCUCAGAUCAGAAGACGUAUGUUGUGGGCGGCUGGGCCUGGGCCUGGUGGCUCAUCUCUGACAUCCAGAGGAUAACGCUUGAGAUUAUGACCCUGCAGCCCAAGUGUGAGGAUGUAGAGACAGCGGAGGGUGUAGCUAUUACUGUCACUGGGGUGGCUCAGGUGAAGGUGAUGACAGAAAAUGAGCUGCUCGGUUACGCCUGCGAGCAGUUCCUGGGGAAGUCAGUCAUGGAGAUCAAGAGUGUCAUCCUGCAGACCCUCGAGGGUCACCUGCGCGCCAUCCUCGGCACCCUUACUGUUGAGCAGAUUUACCAAGACAGAGACAAGUUUGCCACUCUGGUGCGAGAGGUGGCCGCACCUGACGUCGGCCGCAUGGGCAUCGAGAUCCUCAGCUUCACCAUCAAGGAUGUGUACGAUAAAGUGGAGUACCUGAGCUCACUGGGCAAAACUCAGACAGCCGCGGUUCAGAGGGAUGCAGACAUCGGCGUGGCCGAGGCUGAGAGAGACGCUGGCAUCAGGGAAGCUGAGUGUAAGAAAGAAAUGAUGGACGUCAAGUUCUUAGCCGACACAAAAAUGGCCGACUCCAAACGAGAGCUGGAAAUGCAGAAAGCCGCCUUUAACCAAGAAGUGAACACGAAGAAAGCCGAGGCUCAGCUGGCGUACGAGCUGCAGGCGGCCAAAGAGCAGCAGAAGAUCCGUCUGGAGGAGAUAGAGAUCGAGGUGGUGCAGAGGAAGAAGCAGAUCACUAUCGAGGAGAAGGAGAUCGACCGCACUGACAAGGAGCUCGUCGCCACCGUGAAGAGACCCGCCGAGGCCGAAGCCUACAAGAUGCAGCAGCUGGCGGAGGGACGCAAGAUAAAGACGGUGCUGACGGCGCAGGCGGAGGCCGACAAGAUCCGCUUUAUCGGUGAAGCGGAGGCCUCUUCUAUCGAAGCGGUGGGAAAGGCAGAGGCUGAGAAGAUGAGGCUGAAGGCCGAAGCCUACCAGCAGUACGGCGAGGCCGCCAAGACGGCUUUGGUCCUGGAGGCUCUGCCCAUGGUCUGUCACAUUCAGUUAUACGCCGACAUUUGGGAAGUUUGGGUUUUUGGUUUAAUUAUCCAAAUGUCUUCAUUGGAGGGUCGACACCAAAGUCAUCUGACACAUGAAUGCCUCAAAUUUAACACACAUAUUUUUAUUUUCAAAUAGCACAAACUAGUCCUCACCUUCUGAGAAGUCUGUAAGAAAUCGGCUGCAUAAAAACCUGUCGAGGAGAAACAGUCCGCCGUUGUUUGCGCCUCCAAAGAAUAUAUUUCCUCGUGUUUCCUGAACACGCCUGACAGGUUUACGUGCGACUCAAACUCACAUUCAGGCUCAUGUUAUUCUCCUAAAACUUCUCAGCUUGGUGUUUGUUGAAGCAUUUAACUUGUCCAAACACAUCAAAGACAGAUGACUUUGGCACCGAC